CGUCGUGUCCGCGCUCGUCCCGGUCCCCAGCUAAAUGACAGCGUCUGCUGACGGGCGGCGUACCGCGGUAGGCGCCACGCGGGCGCGCGCGCGCUGGCGGCCACUGCCACGGCCGGAUGUCAGUUAACCAACCGCACCAGCGGCAGCAAAAGCCGGAGAGGUAGCUCGCGUGCUGGUGAGUGCGUAACUCGCCCUCGCCACCGGCGUUAAAGCCCACCGCCCAGCCCCCGCGCCCGCAUAUCCAUCCAUCUUGUAGGCUUGUAGCCAGGUAGCCAGCCAAGAAAGCAGAGCGGCACUCCUGACCAGCACAGCACCCUUCGAUUUGGCAGCGGCCGGGCGAGGGCGAGGGCGAGAUGGAGGGGUCGUCGUCGUCGGCGUCGGCGUCGAUGGGGGCGGCGGCGAGGGCGGCGCGGGCGGGGGCGAAGGUGUGCGGCAAGGAGGAGAAGGUGGUGGGCGUGCAGAAGGCGCCGGGGAGCUGCCCGUACUGCGGCGGCGGGGUGGUGGCCACGGACGUGGAGGCCAAGUGGGUGCUCUGCUUCCUGCCGCUCUGCCUCAAGAACAAGCGCAGGUUCGCCUGCACCGCCUGCGCCCGCCGCCUCGUCACCUACCCCGCCAUUGUCCAGGACUAGCUGCUGCUUAAUUAGCCUUUUUUUUCCAUACUAUUUCAUUCUCCGCCCCCCUCGGUUUGAUUCUCUGGAGAUUGAUCCAAGAACUGAAGAUUUUCGUUAGAUGCCAGAUCGAACAGCUGGAGGUCGAUCGAUGUGCGUCCCGCCGGUCGCUUUCCGUGCGCGCCGAUCUUGAUUUGGAUAUCUGCUUGAGUGUUUUCUUGAUUCUGGCUAGAUGUUUCUCGCUC